GGAUGAGUUUAUCCAAAAGGCGACAAAAGACAAUAAUGAAACACGUCACAUGAUCACAAGAGAGGAACUCGUGUUUUUUUCUUUAAGUAACUUGAAAAUGAUUGAUGGCUACAAGGAACAUGGAAGUCCCGCUGUCUCUUCUGAAGCUAUAAUUGUCUCUCUCAAAAGUCAAAACAUCUUCCAACACAGAAGAAAAACAAAACUGCUCUUGUAGAAAGCUUUUUCUUGUGAAAUGGAGAAGAUAGUAAGAUGUGUCCGGUGGGGUUAUGAAGUCAAUGCUUCUUCCGAUGAUUGCAUUAACGCAAUUGACUCCUAUUUUCACCAGGUUCUUAGUUAUGGGAGGAACAUGAAAGUGAUUCUUGAAGCACCGAUACACGACAAAAAUUGUGUUUUGGGAAACAUUUUAGCUGCUCAUUACCUUUCCUCAUGUGAUCCUUCCAAAGUUAAUCUCUACGUUGAAGCUGCGACUUCUAAUCUUGAACACUCUACACCUUACGAGAAAGCGGUUUUCGAGACUGUUACUUACUUGAUUUCAGAGGACAGGGAUGACGACUUGGCUUUUGAAAUGCACAUCGAGCUACUUAAAAGAUUCCCAAAGGAAUUGGUCGCAUUGAAGAGAGCUCAGGUUUUAAGUUUCCAGAUGGCUAAGCCUGUUCCUUUUUUGGAUCUUGUUCAGCAGGUUCUACUUGAGAAUCAAAAUGAAAGUUACAUACACGGUAUGCUUGCAUUCCCAUUGUUAGAACUUGGUCGAAUGGAAGAAGCUGCAGCUGCUUCCAGAAAAGGCUGUGGUAUAAACAAAGAAGACGCCUUGGCACAUCAUUGUUUGUGUCAUGUUCUUCAACAUAAAUGUCAAUUUAAAGAAGCAGUGGAUUUCAUGGAAGAAAUGGCAGAAUAUUGGCCUUCUUGCACAUCAUUCUUGUAUACACACAAUUGGUGGCAUGUUGCUCUCUGUUACUUGGAAGGAGGGUCACCAAUGAGUAGAGUGGAGGAGAUUUAUGAUAAUCAUAUCUGGAAAGAACUGGAGAAAGAGGACGCCAUUCCUCCAGAGGUUUAUCUCAAUGCUCUGGGUUUGUUCUUGCGUUUGGAAGUAAGAGAUGUUCUUGAUGGUUUUAAAGACCGUCUGGAACUCCUUGCAGCUCGUUUAACUGAUCAGGCAAACUGGUAUUUGGACUGGCAGCUAGAUAUAUUGAUAGUUUGGGCACUGGCAAAGGUUGGAGAGACUCCUAGAGCUCAUGAAUUACUUGAGGGUCUGAAGUUCCGACUUUCAAAAAUGAACAAGAAGAAACAACAAGUGAUGCAGAAAGGGAUUCAGCUCGGAGAAGCUGUGUACGAAUACGCAAAGGGUAACUACAAACAGGCUCUACAUUUACUUGGUUCAGAUUUUAAUGCCAUUGACUACAAGAUCAUUGCGGCAUCAGAUGAACAGAUAGAUGUUUUCAAUGAAGUAUGGUGCCAGCUGCUGCUAAAGACAGGCCAAUCCUCCACUGCCAAAGAGGUGAUCAGAAAGAGGAUAAAGGUCAGAGAAGGUUCUCCUUUCACGUGGCGUUUGCUGGUAAACACAAUAUGCAUUCUUCAAGUAGGAUCUCACUGGGUUUUGUUCAUGUGUCAAUGGGUUUUGGUGAUGAGAAAACCAUGUCGUGCUUUUGGUGGCAGGAGAAGAGCUAUGCCAUGGAAGGUGAUGCAGAGGCUGGGAGUGCAGGACAUAGAGCUAAAAUGCUGGAAUCUUCUUAUUUCUAAGGAGGAUCUUAUUCAAUCAUGUUAAAUUCUAUCUAAAUAUUUUAUGAUCUUCAAAAUUUGAAAUUAUUAUUCAACAUGUAUAUGUGUGUGGACGAUUACAAUUUCUACAAAAUAUACUUUGAAUAUGUUUUUAAAAA